AUGAUUGUUGAUGAGCUGGUUAUUUCUGUGUCUGUGUUUGAGGCUAUGGAACCACUAAUUGUAACCUCGAGAUUAUUCGGUCUUUUCCCGAUCACCUAUACGAAUGAUGGUAAAACAUAUAGAUUAAACUGGUCUAUUGCUUAUGGAUUAUAUACUUAUACGUUAUCACUUGUAUUGGCUGUUGCGACUGUAUUGGGAUUGAUAUCAGAUAUUAAGAAACAUCCAAAAGAUGCUUUACGUAUGACAGAUGAAAAGACUAGAUUCGUUACUUGUGGAGAUAUAAGCAUCGUAAUAAUAAUUGUUGUUUUUGCAGCAGUUACUGUACAUUCAAAAAUAAGAAAGAUUUGGAAAUUGAUGAUUGUCCUUAACAAGGCUGAUAAUAUAAUUCCAUUCAAGAAUAGUGGUAGAAUAAGAAAAACAUCCAUAUAUUUUAUAUCUACUGUUGUGAUAGCAACAAUUUUUGUUUUUACAUAUGACAUUGUCUUAAAAUCGAAGGGUAAGGAUCGUUUGGACUAUUUGAAAACAUAUUUAUCCUUCUACGUCUCAUAUUUUAUCGUUAUAAUGAUGGCAGUGUUUUAUUGGCAUGUUAUUUUUCUGAUAAAAACAAGGAUUACUUCAUUGAAUGAUAACCUAAAGGCUGCUAGAGAUCUUAAUUUUGAGAGUAACUUUUGUAUGAACAUGGUUGGUCUACAAUAUUUACAUGAAAGUAUUCCAAAUUCUAAAAGGAAUAGUAUUAAAGAUAGUAGACAUAUAAACACAAUUGUUACUAAUAAAAAAGAUUCUCCAGAUUUGGGUAAAAACAAAAUUUUAGAAGCUGUUGCUAUCGUUAACAACUCUAUGGAAUUAUGUAUACACAUCCUAAUGCUGAGCUGUCUUCUUCAUUUGAUCGUUACUCCAUAUUUUUUAGUUGUGGAACUAUUGGGAAGUUAUGAUGUCUUUCUCACAUUGAUAGAAGUGAUAUGGCUUUCAGCACAUAUAGGACGGACUUUAAUUAUUGUUGAACCGUGUCAAAUUUGUAUAGACGAACACAAGAAAACGUCAAAUUUAAUAUAUGAACUUCUUAUAAUCGAACUUGAUGAACAGGUGAAAAAUUCACUAACUUUACUAUUAAUGCAAUUGAAUAACUGGAAGUUGAAUUUUUCUCCAUGUGGAUUUUUUAAAAUCAACAGAUCGCUGUUAACUUCAAUCGCUGGAGCUGUAACUACAUAUUUAGUCAUACUAUUUCAAUUUAAGGAUCCUUAA